AAGUUGGAGCGUGCGUAAAGCUGACGCGGAAAACCGAAUGGAGCUCGCGGGCCGGUUCCCGUCUGGUUGCUAUAGAGGCUGGGGUGGGGCGAAGCUGGGGUAACGCGCUGGUUGCGCGGCCGGCGCCGCCGUUGCUGAGGCGGGCUCGGCUCGGCGCCGCGACCUGCUGCCUCGGACGGGGACGGCCCUGCUCCUUCUCCCGGGGUGCUCCUCUGCUCCCCCUCGCCAUGCGGUACUGCCCCGGCCGAGCGCCGCUGGCUGUGCCGCUGGUGCUGUGUGCUGCCGUGCUGCUGCUGCCCGCCCUGGGUGCCGCCGAACGCCGCCGCCUAGCCUGCUCCACCUGCCGGGGCAUCGCGGACCGGUUCAACCAGGGAUUAGCAGAUACAGCUAAAAAGAAUUUUGGUGGUGGAAACACUGCUUGGGAAGAGAAGACCCUAUCAAAGUAUGAAUCCAGUGAAAUCCGUCUAGUAGAGAUCAUAGAGAAUCUGUGUGACAGCAGCAACUUUGAAUGUAACAACAUGGUAGAAGAGCAUGAAGAACAUAUAGAGAAGUGGUGGUUCAAACUAAAGAAGAAAUAUCCUGAUUUGUUUAAGUGGUUUUGUAUAGAAAUGAUAGAAGUUUGUUGCCCUGCUGGAACAUAUGGACCAGACUGCCUUGCUUGUCGUGGUGGGUCAGAAAGACCUUGUCAUGGAAAUGGCCGCUGUGAUGGUGAUGGUACCCGAGGUGGAGAUGGCUCAUGUAGCUGCAACAAGGAGUAUACGGGAGAUUUUUGUUUGGACUGUUCUAAUGGUUACUACAGUACCUUGAAAAAUGAGACACAUUCUGUCUGUACAGCCUGCCAUGCUGCCUGUAAAACUUGUACUGGAUCAAGUAAUAAGGAUUGCCAAGACUGUAAAGAAGGCUGGAUCAAAAAUGAAGAAGCAGCUUGUGUGGAUAUAGAUGAGUGUGCUGGUUCUCCUUGCAAAGAUGAUCAAUAUUGUUUGAAUACAGAUGGAUCCUUCUCAUGCAAAGUGUGUGAUGCUAGCUGUGUGGGUUGCACAGGGGAAGGCUCUGACAAGUGUAAGGUCUGUGCAUCUGGAUACAUAAAAGAAGAUGAAAAGUGUACAGAUAUAGAUGAAUGUAACCUUCCAGAAAAAGUGUGCAUUAGAGAGAAUGAAGACUGUGUUAAUACUAGAGGUAGUUACAAGUGUGUAUGUUCAGAAGGGUUUGAAGAGAAAGAUGGAACCUGUGUUCAAACUGUAAAAACAGGAGAGGAAAUAGAGACUGUAGCAACUGAGCCUUCACCUGGUGGACAUGAUGACUUAUGAUCUGUAUUCAGAAUCAAGAGACAUUCCUAUCUAAACUUUUUAAAUUAUUGGACUAAGGCUCUGCUAGCUGACAUACUGUGGAAAUGGUAUAAAUAUGCAGGUUGCCAUUAGGAUUUUUUUUAAUGGUGACAGACUGUUCUUUAAGCUGCAUUUCUUUAUUCUUAAAUACCACUUUUUAUACAGUUGUUUAAAAACAACACUCUAGAUGGGUAAGUAUAAAAUUUGAAUUAACAUAAUGUUGUACCCAGCAAUUGUACACAAGCUUCAGAUUUCUCAUUCUAGUGCCUACUGGAAACUAUCAUCUUUUUGGAAGGACUUAUGUUGCACUUCAUAAUUCCAGAAAAAAAUGAACAGAAGUUUGAUGUUUCUUGACAUGAAAAGUAUUUCUAUAUCUGAAAUACAGCUUUUGGAAAUUGUCAGAGGGAAUCUGUUGGUGGCAGGGGGGGAGGAAUGCUGUUCCCUUAAAUGGAAUGCCUAAUACUACAUUCAAUAAAAGUUUAUUUUGUUUGAA